AUGUGGGGGUGGGGGUGGGGGUGGGGAAAAGCUUCAAGGUGCAAGAAACUACUCAAACAAGUCCGGUCCCGGCUUGAGUGCUUGAAAGAGGAAAGGUCUACUAUUUCUACAGAGUUAGGGAAAGAUGUUGAGGAGCUAGACUACAAGGCACUGAACCUCAGGGUCGAACAAGAACAGCAUAUCAGAGACGAAUCUUCGGUGUACACUUUGCUCGACCAUUUCUGCAAGCUCAUCCUCAUGCACUUCUUUUAUAUACGAACGCACAGGCAAUGUCGUCAAAGAGACCUAGCUGUAGCAGUUUCAAGUCUUGUCUUUGCUUCUUCAAGCUUAGGACGUGGGGUGAUUCCUGAGCUUGAGGAGAUCAGGGACUUACUCGGAGAGCGUUACGGGGAGAGUUUUGUUGAAACUGCUGUGAAGUUGUUGCCUGGGAAUCUUGUAAACCCUAACUUCCAGAAGAAUAUUCUCGCUCUCUCCCCAGAAACAGUGGUGCCUAAUGAUAUAGUAAAACAUGAACUGGUUAAACCCUCUUUUACUACUUCUUCUCCUGAUGAGGCACCAGAAAGAUCAUCAGCAGAGAAAAAGGACGACGAGAAUCGGAACAAUGAAUUACAACUUAUCAGCUUACAAUCUCCUAUGCAUGUCCACCCCAAAUUGCCUGAUUGGGAUGAUAUAUUUACUAAGUUCAGUGCUCUCAAGAAGCCUAAGUAUUUGCACCCUAAGUUGCCGGAAUAUGAUGAUAUUACAGCGAAGUUUAAUGCUCUCAAGAUCCCCAUGAAUGAGAACCCUCCUAAUAACUACCAGUUGCAAUUAGAGUACCAUGAUGAUCAUGACAAUAUUGAUGAUAGAGCCAUAUUCGACUAUUCCAGGCUCUCGAUUGAGAGCAGCUGCAAUUUGAUAAGCCCGUCCCCAAUGUUGUUAUUAACGCAAUCACCCCAUAUUGAACACCUAGCUUAUUAG